UCUAAGUAUCGCGUAACCGAACCGCACACAAUUGGUGAAAAUUUUGUGAAAAGGACUCUAGACUCUUUUUUCUUGUGUGAACGCACAGAAUGAUACCAAAAGAGAAUUUAGCUAUAAUGAGCGACAAAAGAGUCCCCAUGUGAACGCCAUCUUACAGGGAAAUAAAUUAGGUUUAUUUGUAAAUAUUAAGCAAUUUUAUUUUUAUAAUUUAUAAGUUUAAUUAUUGGAAAUGCGUCGACGAGCUGGACUAGGAGCCAUACAACAGCAGCAAUUGGCUGCUGAAAAAUAUAAAGACAAAGGCAGUGAUAUACAGGAAUCACAAAUUGAACAAAUGUCCAAACAAAUGGAAGUUUUUCGUUUAAAACUGGAAGAAUUUGCUGUAAAACACAAGACAGACAUUCGCAAGAACUCUCAGUUUCGUAAACAAUUCCAGGAAAUGUGCGCGGCAAUAGGUGUGGAUCCUCUUGCUACAGGCAAAGGCUUUUGGAGCGUACUUGGAAUGGGCGACUUUUAUUACGAGUUAAGCGUUCAGGUCGUCGAAGUUUGUUUAGCAGCUAAUCAUAAAACUGGUGGAUUAAUGGAAUUGAAUGAACUGCGUAGGCGGCUUAUAGCUGCUCGAGGUCAGAGUGCAGUACAUCAAGAGAUCACAAACGAAGACAUAUUGAUGGCAUCAAAAAAAUUAAGUAUAUUUGGGAACGGUUUUGUGGUAUAUAAAGUGGGCAAGGGGAAAUACAUGGUGCAAUCAAUACCAGGUGAACUGAGUAUGGAUGAAACUAAAAUCCUAACGGCUGCUUCCAAUACAGAAAAGGGUUACGUAACACUAAAAAUGCUAACUGAAGAACUGGGAUGGAGCGAAUUUCGCGCAAAGCAAUCGCUCGAUAAAACAGUAAGUGAAGGUUUAUGUUGGGUAGACGAGCAGGAUGAAGAAAAUAGCCAUUUAAGUUAUUGGUUUCCAAGUUUAUUUCCCGGACGAUAUGCGCAAUCUAUUUAAAUAUUUAUCUUAUUUUAUUGUUCAUA